UACGGAUCCGGAGUUCGCAGCGAUUCAUUUGUUAGCUGUUUCUCGCGGUGUGUGCUCGGUAAGGUUCUUCCCUACGUCGAUGAACGGUUAUUAUGAGCAAAUUGUGAACUUCUGGGCCCAUAUUGCCUAACCAGCUCAGUCGCAGCGGUUUUUUUAAGUGUACAAUUGAGGGUGAGACAAGAAGAUGGAUCCAAUCAGCGCCAGUUGCUUCAGCUUGCAUAUUCAGGAAAACCAAAGGGCGAUCGCAGAGGAGCAGAAGCAGGAUGAAAAGUUCAGCGAAAUCAUCGUUAGUUGCAAAUCUCUUAGUCGCUACGAUGGAAGAACCUUCAAAACCCUUGUACCUCAGAUCUUAGCGGCAGUGAUCGUGGCGAGCUACCACAUAGUAGUAGGUAUAUCCCUUGCUUAUUCGGCCAUCCUGAUACCGAGCGUGGACCCUAACAACACCGAGUUCCGGGCAGAGGAUGGUAUCGUCGCUUCCAAGACGGAAUGUUCCUGGAUCGCUAGCGUUAUAGUAAUCGUGGUGCCCAUAGGAGCUAUAACGGGUGGUUUCUUCAUGGACAGCAUCGGCAGAUUGAACACGAUCAAGAUGGCUGCCAUUCCCAGCCUCUUGGGGUGGUCCUUGAUAGCCUUGGCCCAAAACGUGCCCAUGGUCAUCGCUGGAAGGCUGCUUGCCGGUUUUGCAUCAGCGUGGGGUACCAGUCCAGCAAUCGUCUACAUGACGGAAAUAGGCAGGGCGGAUCUUAGGGGUUCGCUGAUAUCCUGCGCCCCAACUUUUGCCUCUCUAGGUAUGGUUAUUUGCUUCCUGAAGGGGUGGUUCAUGCACUGGAAGACGGUGGCGUGGCUGAGCAACAUCUACGCCGUAGUGCCCUGUAUUUUGAUAUGUUUCAUCCCGGAGAGCCCCGCUUGGUUGGUGUCCAAAGGCAGGAUCGAACAGGCAGCUAAGUCGUUGCAGUGGAUCAAUAAAUACCAACCGCAACCAGAAAAUAGGAACGAAUCUCUGGCCGAAUUACAGUUGAACUUCCUACAAAAAGAACACCAACAGAAACUAGAGCAGCAGAGCCUGAAGGGCUCCGGCGCCCUGGUGAAACUGAAGGAGUUCUUCAAGCCCACCGGGUACAAACCCAUCAUAAUCCUCUUCGGACUGUUCUUCUUCCAACAGUUCUCCGGCAUCUACAUCACCCUCUUCUACUCGGUCACGUUCUUUCAGGAUGUGGGCAGCACGAUAAACCCGUAUCUGGCGUCCGUCCUCAUCGGAACCGUCCGCAUGCUGAUGUCCUGCGUCAACACCUACAUGCUGAGGACUUUCCAGAGAAGGCCGCUCAUAAUGGUCAGCGGCCUGGGCAUGGCUAUCUGCAUGGGAUUCUCGGGACUGUUCACGUACUGGAUAAAACAAAAGACGUCGACGCAGAACUGGGUGCCGGUCUUGUUUAUCCUCCUCUACGUCGUCACGUCCAUGAUCGGCCUCCUCAACAUUCCCUGGACGAUGACGGCCGAGCUGUUCCCUAUCGAGAUCCGCGGCGUGGCUCAGAGCCUCUCUUACAGCAUCGCCAACCUGCUCAUGUUUAUCGCCGUGCAGAGCUACUACCCUCUAGACUAUAUCCUCGGCGGUACGGCUGGGGUCCAGUGGUUCUUCGCCGUCGUGUCGAUACUAGCGUCUAUUUACGUCUUCAUCGUCCUACCUGAAACGCACAACAAAAAAUUAUCGGAGAUCACCGAGUACUUCGUCGAUAACACCAUCUUCCUCAUGUCGGAUAAGAAGAAGAAGAAGAUCAACCCGCCGCAGAAGAAGGGCGUCACUAGGGCGGCGAAGAAGGAUAUCGUCAAGUCCAACGGGCAGAGCGAGAAGCUGAUGAACAGCGUGUAGUAGCGUUUGAUUUUACGGAUAGGUUAGGCUAGUUGAUUACAAUACUUAAAAACGAAUAUUCGAAUCAGUAUUUUCGUACACUUAAAUUUACUGACAAUGUAUUUGAAGUGACUGUGAUGUUUUCCUUGAUCGGGCGAUCGUUUAGGCUGCGAGUUGUAAUUUAUGAAGAGUACAUUUGAACUACUGACAUGAAAGUAGGCAUUAGGAUCUGUUCUAACCUGCAUACGGUUUCGGAUAACCCUCACUUAAGUAAUUAUAUAAGCGUACGUUAUACCUAGUAACUUAAUCGAUUUUUUUUUUUAAAGUAAAUCAUUAAAAAACUAAUCUAGUUAGUUUUUAACCGAUACAUUUUCUUUUAUAUAUAUUUUUUGUAUCACAAAUUCAAAGCAAUUAUGACAAAAUUUGUUUUGUUCUUAGUACAAUUUUAUUUUACUAAAAAUCAGAAUAUCUCGUAGAAUAUGAAAUAUACUUUAUUUUAAAGUAACCAAGUUGAAUAAAUUUUGUGACAAUUUAAAGAUCUAAAUGGUCUUUUACGAUAAAUAUGUCAGAGUUUUAUAAUGAGCACUAUGAAUUCGAAGAGUACAUUUGAACUACCGACAUGGAAGUAGGCAUUAGACACUUAACACAACUUAAUUGACAUUUUUUUGAUAAAUCAUUUUAUUUGAUAUUUGAAUACAUUUUUUUUAUCCUUUUCUAGACUUGAGCCUUUGUAGGCCUGCAAAGUUGUGAAGUAUUUGAAGUAUUUACAAGACGUUUUGUUAAAAGAAUUUUGAGUAAACAGAUUGAGCGUAAUUGAAAUUACAUUAUAAAUAAAUUUCGUAAAGCUUUGGAAAUUUAAACGGUCGUUUACGAUAAAUAUGUCAUAGUUUCAUAACGAUGACCACUACGAAUUUUAAAAGUACGUUUGAACUACUGACAUGUAAGUAGGCGAUAGUCUGUUGUAACACACACAAGGUCUCAUAUGAACUUUUACAAAUCUGAUUAGAUUUUAACCAACAAAAUUUCUUUUUUUAUCCUUUUACAAUUUCAAGUUAUUAAAAAUUAGAAUGAUCGAGUUAUCCUUAGAAAGUGUGACACAUUUAUUUUAGAUUAAAGUAAAAACGGCAUUAUAAAUAAAUUUUGUGAUAAAUACGUCACCGUUUCUUAAUGAAUGGUACUUAGUUACUGAAAAACUUGUCAAGUGUGAUAUGGCGCUUCAUGGAAAACUCUUCCGUUUUGCAUUUGUACAGACGAACAUGACCAAACAUUUCCCGCAGGGGGAAAACUUUGUAUCAAAAUAUUUUUUUUACGUAGGUCUCGACAUUUAGUUUGUUAGUACUGUUUUAAUCGAUUUUAUUAGUUAGUUGAAAUUUUUCCUACUCGUAUUUAUUAUAUUUUGUGAUAAAGAUCAAAAUAAAUUCUGCAAAUAA